UUGGGCUUUUAACAGUACCCUGGUUAUCGGACACACAACAAGGUGAGGUUUAGGACCCAGGGAGGUGGGUUUUUUUGGCUUCCAGCCUGUGACAUCUGACCAAAAAUCAAUGAAGUGUACUUUAGGAAGCUUCACAGUGGCACGAGAAAAGGCUCCAAAGCUGUUCUCUCGGCUCUCUUCUGAGCCUUCACGCUUCAGAAUUAUUUUGCCUCUGCUGCUUUCUCUCUUCAGAUGCAGUUAGUUUCACCUAUGAAAGGAAAGCCAGACCAGCUUAAAGGCAACUGUGGCGAUGGAGGUGCUCAGUUUUAUUAUAGUGUCCCUUCUUCUUUGUGCACACACUUCAGCUUUCACUGUGUUCAGCUCGUUUGCUGAGAAUGAAGAUGCCCUCUUGCGGCACCUAUUUCAAGGGUAUCAGAAAUGGAUCAGACCAGUAAAACAUUCCAAUGAUACCAUAAAGGUGUACUUCGGAUUAAAGAUAUCACAGUUAGUAGAUGUGGAUGAAAAGAAUCAGUUGAUGACAACAAACGUGUGGCUGAAACAGGAAUGGAUUGACCACAAAUUGUGCUGGAACCCUGAAGACUAUGGUGGAAUUACUGCAAUUCGGGUCCCGUCUGAGUCACUGUGGCUCCCAGAUAUUGUGCUGUUUGAAAAUGCUGAUGGUCGUUUCGAAGGCUCUUUGAUGACUAAGGCCAUUGUCAAAUACAAUGGGAUUGUUGUCUGGACACCUCCGGCCAGCUAUAAAAGUUCCUGCACGAUGGAUGUGACCUUCUUCCCAUUCGAUAGGCAGAACUGCUCAAUGAAAUUUGGCUCAUGGACCUACGACGGCCGAAUGGUCGACUUAAUCCUGGUAGAUGAAAACGUGGACCGGACGGAUUUCUUUGACAAUGGGGAAUGGGACAUUCUAAACGCCAAGGGUAUGAAGGGGAACAGAAAAGACGGGUUGUAUUCCUACCCUUUCAUAACCUACUCAUUUGUUUUAAGGCGCCUCCCGCUGUUUUACACUCUCUUCUUAAUAGUCCCUUGCCUGGGAUUAUCAUUUCUAACUGUCCUCGUUUUUUACUUGCCUUCGGAUGAAGGAGAAAAACUAUCACUAUCGACCUCUGUUUUGGUCUCCCUCACUGUGUUUCUCUUAGUCAUUGAAGAAAUCAUUCCCUCGUCCUCAAAAGUCAUCCCUUUGAUUGGGGAGUACUUGCUGUUCAUCAUGAUUUUUGUCACCCUGUCAAUCAUUGUGACUGUCUUUGUGAUCAAUGUUCACCACCGUUCCUCGGCAACCUACCACCCCAUGGCUCCUUGGGUGAAGAGACUCUUCCUCCAGAAACUUCCGAGGUUGCUCUGCAUGAAAGGCCACGUGGAGCGCUUCUCAUUCUCUGAUCCUGAAGAAACUCUGAAACAGAAGCCAGCCAGGAAACACAAGCACAAACAAUACAAAGACGGAGAAAAAAUUGUGAUCGCUUUCCUGGAAAAAGCUGCUGACUCCAUCAAGUAUAUCUCCAGGCAUGUUAAAAAGGAACAUUUCAUCAGACAGGUAGUGCAAGACUGGAAGUUUGUGGCUCAGGUUCUGGACCGGAUCUUCUUGUGGCUGUUUUUGGUGGUGUCAGUAAUGGGCUCUGUUCUUAUAUUUACCCCAGCUUUAAAGACGUGGUUGCACAGUGGUUUAUAGAAAGAAGUCCAUUCUUCCCUUUUUCAGAAUCUGCUCCAGGAAUAAAGCAGGAGGUUGAGAUUGCUGAUCAGUUAGUGUUCACUAUGAAAAGAGUAAGAAGGGUACAUAGAGGAUGGGGAAAUAAUACAGUUGCUGGCAGCAAUUGGAGUUACAGAUGAGAGUAUCACAAUUAUUAAAACAGAGUUUUAACUCCUUAAAAUGUCCCACAAAUGGAGAAAUCCACUUCUGUUAUAUUUUAGGUGUAUAUCUGCUGACUUGGGUACAGUAGGCCAAGAAGUGGCCAGCCUUUCUUAAGCGCUUUUCUGUGAGAAGGCCUAGAGAUACUAUUGAGGGGGAGUAAUUUUUCAACUGGUUUGUCGGUGGGGAAGCUGAGGGUUCCCCACACUUUUGGGACCUGUGGGCACCUUUGAAAUUCUGACAUGUGGUGGGGACAGCCACGAAAUGGCUCCUGCAAGAAAUGGAACCAACCACAAAAUGGCUGCUACAACUUACCUUUAGUUACACAGUAAAGAUCCUUGUGCUGUGGUGACAGCUGCUGCCAAAGCAAUAUUUUUAAAAAUCUGCAGUCAAUCAAAACUCCAGUGGCCAAUCAAAAGUCUGGCCCUGCCCACUUUCUCAAAACACUUGGUGGGCAACAUUAAAAGGUGUCAGAGGGCACCAUGUCAGCCAUGGGCACCAUUUUGGGGCCACCUGACCUAGUUUGACAACUAAGCCAACUCCAGUGUCAGGGGGAGGUUGGGGUUGGAUAGAACUCUUGUUAAUUCCUCAUCCAGAGGAAUUCCUAGUGGUAGUUAUGGCAGAAUUAAUCUGAGACUUUUUAUUGGCUCGAUUCAUGGACAAAUGUUUCUAUUUCCUGUACUUGAAUUUAGAGCUACUCUCCUUGCCAUGUUUAAAAGUCAUACGUGAUCGAUAAAAGAGACCUGUGUCUUAGAGUGGAGUCCUAAGCAGAGUUACACCCUUCUCAAUCCAUUGACUUCAGUGGAAGGGUGAUAAGUCUGCUUAGGACUGCACUGCAUGAUGCCCAGUGUAGGCUGCAAGAGAGAGUACUGAUGUCCCCCCAUUCCUGGAACCUCCCCAGCAGCAUACCUUUGGUAUAGAAGUUGCCCAGCCCAGCUGCUGUGACUCACAGGAUCAGUCUCAGAAGAGGAAGCCAUAGCCCCAUGAUACACUGUUCCCAGACGACGUGCUGUUGUGGCUGUCCCAGCUCACUACACUAGGUUUGUGCAGUAAGUGUGCAUCAGCUGCACUAUGCAUCUUCUCUCAAAGGUGUUAUAGCUCAGUGGUAGCUCAUAUGCUGUGAAUGCAGCUGGUCAUAGGUUCAGGUUCUGAAAUUUCUUGAUAAACAAUCUCAAACCAGCAAGACUGGGAAAGACACCCCCACCUAACAUUUUGGAGAAACAUGGGAAGUCAGAGCAAACAAGACAUGGUUUAAUGAACCACGGCGUGCAUGGCAGGUAUUUGGCUCCUUGGGAGAAAAAAAGACCCUUUUAAAAGUUACAAAUAUACCUCUUUUGUUAUUCUUGGAAGUUUUUUCAGAAUUCCACUGCCAUGGGUAACCCCUCGGUCAUACAUUAUAUAGGAGAUGAACCUAUUCCAUCACAUUUAGUACCAGAAUUUCAGAGUUCAAAUGUAAGUAUUCCAUUUGGUAAACAGAAUCUACGGAAAAGAUAAGAUCCUUGAUUAUCUAUUUAGAAGAAGAUGUUUAAAAUAUAUCAAGGGAUGGGCACUAGAGCAUAAACUUUAUAAAAUAAAGCAAGCACAGAUCUUUUAUAUUUUAAUAAACAUUAUAGUUCUAUAUCUAAAAUACUUAUGUUUACUGACGUACAGUGCAAUAAAGAUGCAGAUGUAGCGCAUAACAUACAAAUGUCCCUUCACUGCAGGCGACCUUCUUGUAUUUGUUUCCAUUUUUGAAAGCUGUCCUCAGUUUUCUCUUUGUUUUAGCAAAAUUCUGACCCUCUCACACAUUUCAGCUCCUGGAAGGGAGAUGGAACACUGGCUUCUCCCUCCUGAUUGUGGCACUUGAGAGGUGUGAACAAUGCUGCUCAAGAGUAAUGUAAACAUCUCAAUGGGCUCGGAAUUUUUCCUGGAUUUCCUACAUAGGCUCUCACGAAUAUCACAGACCUAAUAGUUCAAUAAGCAGUUACACUCUUCUAAUCUGGUAAAAUUCAGAACUGCACUGUUUGUGUCCUUGCUAGGAUGCCGCGAUGCACUGAAUAGGACUUAUUUCUGAGUAAACACAAUUAUAUUUGCACUACAAGGCUGUGACCAGCUGGUAGAUUUUCAGAGUUGGAUGUUGUUCAGGGUACACACGUUCAUGUCUGUUCCACUUUCUGGUCAACUGGCAUUGCAGGUUUCUGUAACACUUCAAAUAAUACAACAUUUUGAGACUUCCCACUGGGCCAGCCAUGCUAAACUCUUGACUGGUAGUAUGUGCUGCCCCAUCUUCUUGCUGUCUAUAAUCCUGCCCCCAUUACUGAGCAGUAGCUCUUCCAUGGACCUUUGAAGAGAAGAGGUAGUAUGUGCUGCCCCAUCUUCUUGCUGUCUAUAAUCCUGCCCCCAUUACUGAGCAGUAGCUCUUCCAUGGACCUUUGAAGAGGAGAGGUAGUAUGUGCUGCCCCAUCUUCUUGCUGUCUAUAAUCCUGCCCCCAUUACUGAGCAGUAGCUCUUCCAUGGACCUUUGAAGAGGAGAGGUAGUAUGUGCUGCCCCAUCUUCUUGCUGUCUGUAAUCCUGCCCCCAUUAUUGAGCAGUAGCUCUUCCAUGGACCUUUGAAGAGGAGAGGUAGUAUGUGCUGCCCCAUCUUAUUGCUGUCUAUAAUCCUGCCCCCAUUAUUGAGCAGUAGCUCUUCCAUGGACCUUUGAAGAGGAGAGGUAGUAUGUGCUGCCCCAUCUUAUUGCUGUCUAUAAUCCUGCCCCCAUUACUGAGCAGUAGCUCUUCCAUGGACCUUUGAAGAGGAGAGGCGGAAUAACCUUGUAAGCUGAUCCAGCGUGGAGUAGUAGUUAAGACCAGGUGAAUUCUAAUCUGGAGAGCCAGGUUUGAUUCUCCUCCACUUCCACACAUGAGCAAAUAGACUCUAUCUAUGAGCUAGAUUUGUUUCCAUUAACUCCUACAUUCUGCUGUUUAUGACUGGCUCAAGGUCACAGUUCUUUUUGAACUCUCUCAGCCUCACCUACCUCACAAGGUGUCUGCUGCGGGAGGAAAAAGGGAAGGAGCUCUUGUGUUGCUCUUGGGGACUCUGUACAGAAGAGAAAGGUGGGGUAUAAAUUCAGACUCUUCUUUUUCUACGCAAGUGCAUAUAAGCUCAUUCCUAAGGCUAAUAUAUUUAAACUAUACACACUGGGGUAUUUAAUGAUACUAAGAAAUAUGGUUUCCACCUCGCUGAUCAUUCCAAUUGGGUGGUCACAUCUACUAGUAGCAACCCAAGCACACGAAUAAAAAUAUAACAUGUUGCAAUACUGAACUGUACUGUAUGUGGUCAUAGCACUGCUUUCAAUGUUGUCAGACAAUAGCAUCAUUAGUGUAUGGCAGUGGAAAGCUGCACAUACAUGUGAACAUCAUUAAUAAAAAGCAAUAACUAAAUCGC